AUGGGAAGUAUUUGCUCUGCGGAAGCAAGACGAGGAUGUGCAGAGUGCCAAGCUGACCCUGGUCUUUUCUCUUCGCUAAAAGUCUGUGAAGAAGCAUCUGGCGGCUGUGGCCGAUCUUUGUGUUCCUCGUGCCUGGCGCAUCCGCUGGUGACAGAGAAAGCCCGUGGCGAAGGGAAGGUUCAAGAUCAGGACCAGCGAAGGGCAGCACAAGCGGCUUUUAGAGGGGCGACGGAUGUGUGGCUGGACAUUCAAUCUUUCUGCAAGGCCUGCUUCCAAAGGCUUUCUUUGCUUGACUUCACACAAGAUGUGGAUAUUCUGGGCCCUUCCACCGGUCUGACGUUGCUGUAUGUGCAUGGUGGAGGGGGCUGCCGGAAGAUGUUUCGCCAGCAUGCAGCAGCUAUGGUGAAGAACGGCUUCAGGUGUGUUCUGAUGGAUUUGCCUGGGCACGGUUCCCGCAUGGAUGAAGUCCUCACCAUGGAAUCGGCCAUCAAUGCCAUUGUCAAGGUGAUCAAGCAGCAUGCGCCGCUGUACAAGGGCGUGAAGCCUGUGUAUGUGGGGGGCUCUCUGGGUGGCUACAUAGGUAUGGAGUUCCUGGGACGUCAUCCGGACCUUUGCUCAUGUGCCAUCAUCACAAUGUGUGGGCAGAACGUGGGCCUCGGCCGUGGCUGGGCGGCCGGGGCGGGCUUGUGGGUGAUGGGGACCUUGCUGCCGAAGAUGGGCACACGGCAGAUCAUGAGCGCACUGGUGGCCCAAGUGCGGAAGAAUGGCCACAUCCCCGAGUCCUUGUUCAUGGAUGAUCAUCUCCGCACAGGGAUGUUCUUCGGCCAGGCGCUGGCACAGGUUGAGAUCCUUAAAGAGACCAACCCACAGGCUGCCCUAGGCAAAUUUCCUGGAGCCAUGUUGUUCAUCAAUGGCAGCCAGGACCACCGUGACUCAGAGGAACUCUGGAAAGCCACAGCCCAAAAGGGCGAGCUCAUUGUUUACGAAGGAGCAGAUCACUUCUUCUCCCAUGACGACAGGUACAGCCAGCGCUUUGAGGAUGAUUGCUUGGACUUCAUCCGAAGACAAUCGGGCAAUGCGAUCUGA